CUCCGCCCCAGAAAGCACCAUCCCGGCUCGGUGAGCAGCGUUCGUGCAAAGCUGCCGCGGGCUCGCCGGCAGUCCCGCCAUGCCACACUCGUGCAGGCUGGUGAUCUACGUGCUGCUGGGGUUAGGGUCCCUGUUGGUGGGGGGGCUGUCCCCACCCUGUCCCCCCACCUGCCAGUGCUACGACACGUCCAAAAUCUUCUGCUCGGAUGAGAGGAUGCGGGAGAUCCCAGCGGGGCUGCCAGGGAACGCCACUCAGCUCUUCUUCGUGGAGACAGCCCUGAGCAGCGUCCGCAGCGGGGCCCUGGGCUCCAGCGCCGCCCUCACCAAGCUGGUCUUCCUCAACAACGACAUCCAGUUGCUGGAGGCCGGCGCCUUUCAGGGGCUGCCCAGCCUGGCCGAGCUGGAGGUGUCGGGCAGCCCCUUGGCAGCAGUCAGCCCCGGGGUACUGCAGGGGCUGCCCGGCCUCAGCAAGCUCUCGCUGCGUGCCAACGCCAUCCGCGCCCUGCAGCCGGGGCUCUUCGGCAGCGCCUGCCGCCUGCAGGACCUGCGCCUGCCGGGGAACAGGAUCGACGCGCUGCCCCACGGCAUCUUCCGCCCGCUGCGGCGGCUCCACAGCCUGGACCUCUCGCAGAACUUACUGUCCGAGCUGCCGCCCGGGCUGCUGGCUCCCCUGGCCGCCCUCCGCCUGCUCAAGCUCAGUGACAACAUGCUGGCGCGGGUGCCCCCCGGCGCUUUCGGGGCGCUGGGCCGGCUGGCUGAGCUGCACCUGGAUGGCAACCGGCUGGAGGAGCUGCCGGCCGGCGCCUUGGCCGGGCUGGGGGGGCUGCGGCAGCUGCAGCUGCAGCACAAUGCCCUGGCCAGCCUGGCCCCAGACGUCUUUGCCGGUCUCCCCAACCUCACCAUCCUCAGCCUGGAGGGCAACCGCCUGGCGGCCCUGCCUGCCGCCCUCUUCUCGGGCACCCCUCGCCUCCUCCACCUCUCGCUGGCUCGCAACCUCCUGGAGACGCUGCCCCAGGGGCUCUUUGCCAACUUGUCAGCGCUGCAGACGCUGGAGCUGUCGCACAACGCCAUGGGCCACCUCCCCGCUGGGGUCUUCCAGGGGCUGGCGGGGCUGACUGUGCUGCAGCUGAGCCACAACAACCUCUCCAGGCUGGGAGCCGAGCUGCUGGCUGAGCUGCCCCUCCUCACCGCCCUGCUGCUGGACAACAACCUCCUGGCCCGUCUGCCCCCCGGGCUCUUCGAUGCCAACGAGGAGCUGGUGCGUGUGGAGCUGGCUGACAACCCCUGGGCCUGUGACUGCCACCUGGCCUAUCUCCUGGGCUGGCUGCAGAGCUUCGCCGAGCCCCUGACCCACGCGCGAGCCUCCUGCGCCAGCCCGGCCGCUCUGGAGGGCCGGCCGCUGCUGGAGGUGCCGCAGGGGCAGCUGGAGUGCCCGGCAGCGGCCGAGGGCUGGGACGGCCAGCGGCGGGAGGAUGCUCCGGGGGGAUGCACCUACAGCAACCCCGAGGGCACGGUAAGCGUGGCCUGUGAUGCCACAAGCUGCCAGCAGCUCAGCCUUCGCCUCCCUCCUCCCCCUUCUCCUCCUCCUCCCGGGCAGGUGGCCGGGCCGGGGCCGGCGUACCAGGGCAGCUGGGUGCUGCGCUCCCGCUGCGGCACACUGCAGGUCAGUGUCUCCAUCACCGCGCAGAGUGAGGUUGUGACCACGAUGCCAGCUUCCCUCACUGAGCCCUAGAGCUCGGGCAGGUGCCAGCUUCUGCUCUGCUCUUGCACUGCUAACCUCUGAGCCAGCCUGAGAAGCAGCACCUCUUCCUCUCCACUACCCCCACCAAGAUCACCAGCUGUCACCGAGCUCUCCGCAGGAGCUGCCCUGUGGUAUUUAUUCUCCCAGCUCCGUAUUCCCUCUAUAUUUCAAAUCUAAUUAAAAUGUCUAUGUAAUUUCUGUGCAA